AUGCCAACGUCAGAAUCCAUUGUUAUCCAGAUACAUAAACCCGAGCCGGCAGUUUCUAAAAAACGCGUAGAUUCAAUGUCACAAUGCGGUUCGAAAAUCGAUGACUUUCAAACAUCCGUUCAAAACGCAACACCACCACGAACAGUUGAGCACACAGAUCCAGUACCGCUAUUGUUAUGCGAUCCAGCGCAGCAUGGCAGUCUAUG